AUGGCGCUGAACGCCAGCAUCUCAGUGACCAACUCCUCAGGCACGGUGCGCGUGGGCUUCGCAGAGGAGGACAAGGCACUGAAGGUGCAUGUCCUGCAGAGCCUCGCCGAGGUCUUGCACAACCUGGCGGACAUGAAGGAGGAUCAGAGACCGGAGCUGCUUCAAGGAGUGGACAUCCUGAGCAAGCAGCGAAUCAACAUGGAGAGAGCCGUGAAGACCGAGAAGAAUGAGAAAGACUUGACAGACUUCAAGUGGAAGCCUUUGGGCCAGCAGAGAUCGACAUCGUCCAGGUCCAGUGUCAGAUGCCAUUCCGAGACGCCGAAGACACCACGCGUGGACCAUCCACGGCGACCCAAAUCUACCCCAGCCGCAUUCGGAUGCGAGAGAACUGGCUUUUGGCCUUUCGCCAGCACGAAAGCCCAUUCGCGGAGCGACUGA